AUGACCUCCAAGUUAUCAGAUAACGCUAUCAAGUCAUCGCAUUUUGCUGUCGUAUCAAGUGGUAUUCAACUCGUGCCUGCCAUUCAACGCCGUAUUUCCGACGUUAUAGCGUUCCAGACGUGGAAUGAGGUUGUAUCAAAUGGAAAGAAUGAAGCGUUUCCAGUUGCUGUGGAAGAUCUGAGUAUAAGUUCAAAGACAGCUGCUGAAUUGGGGCUCGAGAACAAGGAAGUUGUGUAUUGUAAGCUUCAAUUGGUCAUUGAAGGAAGCUCACGUACUGAAGUAACGACAGUGUCCAGUACGCAAGAUACUGACUGGUUUAUGUGGAAAUUGGAGCGUGCUGGAGAGUACCGAAUACGAGGAAAUGAAGCUUUCAAGCACGAGAACUACAGCUCUGCCGUGCGGCUCUAUAAACGAGCCUUGGCGUGGCUUGAAUCACCACGUACGGAAUCCGAGACGUCAUUGGAGACUAACGUUCCAUACUCGGAAAAUGAGCUGCAACACGUCAAUCCUAUAGCUGUCGCCUGUUAUGUCAACAUGGCUACGUGCUACUCAAAGUUGCACAGAGUCGGUGAUGUAGACCGCUGUAUUGCUGCUGCUUCAAGUGCACUGGCACUGGAUAAUGCACACGUGAAAGCUCGAUAUCGUCGUAGCCAGGCGUACGUAUCGUCAAAGGAGUUUGACCUUGCGUUGGCCGAUCUCACAAAGCUACGCGAGCUAGAGCCAAAUAACAAGUUGUUCCACUCUGCAAUGGCAAAAGCUCAAUCUGCUAAGACGAAAUUUCGCAAGAAACAGCAGGACGCAUACGCGACCCUUCUUAACAAACACAUUGAUCACAGAUAG